AGUCAUAAAUACCGCCAUUACGUGCGCUUUCACACACAGUCCGUAUACCGCUGAGGGAGUGCGUGUAUACGGAUUGCUCGUCACUUCCUGCUUCCUUCGGCAGGCACUGGCUCCCCUCCUCUUCCUGCCCCCUCCUCCCAGUACUCCCGGGGCUUGUGCACGACACUUCAUUCCCGCGCCUUCUCCGCACACAGUCUCCCGCUCGCCCUUCCUGAGCCGCAGACAGUCGGUAUACUGCCAGUUCUGAGGCUUCCAGUAAAAUGCCAUCUUGUGUUGUGCAGGGCUGUUUUUCUGGAGGGAGACGAAAGGAGGAAGGGGUCAUAUUGCAUGUGUUCCCAAAAGAAAGGGAGAUGGUAAAAAGAUGGCUUAUAGAAACUGGCCAAGACUUUGGUGAUAUUGAAGCCUUUACUGAUAAAAUUAUUGAAGGAAAAAAGUAUGACACAUAUAGAAUGUGUUCAAAACAUUUUAGAGAGUACUGUUACAUUCCAUCUGAAGGUUUCCGAAAAAGUUUGCGUAAAGAUGCAAUACCCACAGUCUUUGAUCCCCCAUCAACCUCUAAUGAGACUUGCAUUCUAUUGCCAUCUGGCAAGAGGAAAAGAAUGGAUGAGGAAAAUGAGGGUUCAAUACCAGAGUAUCAAUUUGCUCAUGGAGAGAUUUGCCCCACGUGUGGACAUGUCUUUGAAGAGAAACCCAAGACAGAAGAGAAAGGUAUAGUAACUGAACCUAUGGGAAGAAAACUGCGCUCAACACAAACUGAUCCUAGAUGGGGAAAGAGAACCAUGUCAACGGAAACAAAGUUUAAAAAAUACCACAAAAAAGUCCAGUGUCGACGACUUUCUGAAAAAAAGUUAAAGAAAUUGUCUCUACUUAGUACUUCUGCUAAACAUCAGUUGAUUGGGACCUUAACGGACAGUGAGGACAGUCUCGACAGUGAAAUAGAUAAUGACUCUGACAGCAGCGGUGAAAGCCCAAAGCAUGAAUUUAAUUCAUCUUUUCAACGUACUUUACAACCUCGUAAUAAUCCCACAAAAAUGGAAGUAUCACAUACUGAUCGACUCGAUCUAAAACUCCGUGCAGAAGAGACGCACUCCAUAUGUACUGAUCCAGUAAAGGACCGCAAAUUUAUAGUUUUUGAAAGCUGCCUAGAUGAACUAAUCCUUUCAAUGCCAUGCAGAGGAGAGCAAGGCUGUGAUAGACCAAUUGUUAAAAUAUGGAAAGAAAUAAUUGGUACUUUUAUAACUGUUCAUGUUUCUUGUGGAAAUCACAGCUAUAAACUGUGGGAAAGUCAGCCACAAACUGGUGGAAUACCAGUAGGCAAUCUAUUGCUAUCGUCUGCUGUUUUGUUUAGUGGAUUAACCUAUGUGAAAGUCAGACACCUUUUCUACAUUUUGGGACUUCUGUGCAUAGAUAAGCCAACAUACUUAAAAAACCAAACUAAUCAUCUAUUUCCAGCCAUCAGUAAUAAAUGGACUUUAGAACAAACUGCUAUUAUAGACAACCUAAAGAAAAGUCCACUCUGUCUGGCUGGAGAUGGCCAGUUUGAUCGUCCAGGACACUUAGCUAAACAUGGCAUCUACACAGUGCUGGAUGUCAACAGCAAAAAAGUUGUCUCUUUUCACGUUGAGCAACUUUCUGCUGGAAAUUCUGUUUCUGGUUUAAAAUCUGAAGCUUGCAAACAAGUUCUUAGAAGUCUUCUAAGAAAGCAAUUAAACAUAAAAAUUGUAUGUACAGAAAGACAGUUAGGCAUUCGUAAAAUGAUUAAAGCACACUUUCCUUCAGUAAUACAUCAAUAUGAUAUCUGGCAGCUGUCAAAAUCAAUUGGCAACAAACUGGCCAAAGCUAGUCGGAAAAAAGACUGUGAAGAACUAGCCAAGUGGGUUGGUGCUGCUAGAAACCAUCUGUGGUGGAGUGCAAGUACCUGCAAUGAGGACCUUUCUCUUCUAACUGAGAAAUGGAACUCUAUCUUAUUUCACCUUGUUAAUAAACAUUCAUGGGAAGGGAGUGAAAGUUACAAUAGCUGUAGCCAUGAACCAGUGGUUACAUCUACAUUGGGUCCAAAGAAAUGGCUUGAGGAAGGCAGCAAAGUUCAUGAAGAAGUAAAAGAAGUUGUCUUGAACAGGAACUUGCAGAAAGAUCUAUUGCAUUUGUCAUGUUUUUCUCAUAGCAGGGAGUUAGAGGUCUUCCGCAGUGCCAUUAGAAAAUACCGGCCUAAAAAAACCCACCUUUUAACAGAUGGUAUAACUGCACGCACACAACUUGCCACACUUUAUCACAACCAUAAUGUAUACAGGGUACAAGAACAAGUGAGAACGGCUUCAGAAGAAUAUUCAUUAGGAACAACUCUUUACAAAGCUCAGAGACAAAAGCUUGUUAAAGCAUUAUAUAAGCCUUCAAACCAACAGUUUCUGUUUCCAAUAAUGUCAGAGAUUAUACAGAUGGCCCCUAAAAAUCGUGAUAUUAACAGAGAGCCUAAAAAAAGAAUAAGGUACUGAGAAGGUUGAGUAUGCUGACUAAUACUUUGAAGACCUUUCCAGUUUAAACACUGGUUUUAAUAUUGCCACUGUGACUGUAUAUUUGACGGCAAAAAUGAGAAAAACCUAAAAAAAACGAAACAAAAUCUCAUUAUAGGUAUCAAGGAGCACUUAAAAAUGUAUAUUCAAAUGAGGUUUUCAUAUGUUGAAUAAAUGGCAUACAUUUUUUUAUUUGGUCUGAAAAUUCUGUAAGUAAAACAAAUUUUAAGCAGAAGUUUACGAUCAUUUUUUUUCUUUUUUCUAAUAAACCUAUAUUAUUUAAGCUGGGUUCACACAGUGUAAAAUGAGGGAGAGGAGGCAGCAAAAUGUAUGAGAAGCUAAAGUUUUCUUUUUAUAAUGUACUCAAUUAACAUCUGUGGAAAGGGUGCUGUUGGUGCACGUAUUGUCACAGAUUUAUCUAUAUUCCUGAAACCUAAACUGUCUGUUUUCCCCCCAGGACAUCUAAUCACAUCUCCAACCAAUAACUGUUUUACAACUCACGUAAAUGUGUGUGUGAGUAGGGACUAUGACGUGAAUUCAAGAGCUUAACUUGCAUAAUAUACUACAGGAGACUGCUGCUAUUAGCACCCUGCAAUUACUGUCGAUGACCACCAUCAACAAUCACACUGAUUUCAGUGCUUCCACAUCUUAUCAUUAGAUUGCUUAUACUGAUCUUGCCAUUGCAGAGCACCAACCAUUUAGAUUGUUGCUUUGCUAGUAGAGCCUGUCUGUGGCAUUUUACCCCAAGGCAGGCAUAGAGGCCCCUUGCUUUCAUGGAAGCUUAAAAGCACACCACAACCAUAUUGUGGAGGUGCCUAUCUGGUACUCAGCAGGCA